AUGGGAGGCGCGCCUUCGUCUUCUCCAGUGAAAUGGAUCCCUGGCGAGCGCAUUUCGGGUGGACCGACGUGGCGGGAUGUACUGCAGAAGAUGAAGGCAGCGGAAUUUAACGCUGGUCAGCUUGACUUCGAAUAUUGGCGCAACCAAACGGAAGUGUAUCAGAUCGCUAAAGAGGUUGGUAUACUGGUGAUUGCUCGUCCAGGACCAAACAUCGACGCGGAAACUUCGGCUGGAGGUUACCCGGGAUGGGCCACAUUGCUGAAUGUCACCACACGCUCAAAUGCAUCGGAGUUCACAGAUGCUUGGAUGCCAUACAUCGUAGCGUCUACGCAGUUCAUCGCGCCAUAG